GUAUCAGAAAUUAAUCUUCAUCUUCUUCCAGUGGUCGACGAGAUGGCUCGAUGGCGCCUCUCGUUGUCUGAUUCGAUAGUCCCCUCGUUGUUGAUUCUGUGAUCCGUAAUCUUCAAUUGUUGGUCCCGUACACGCAUGCAGUACAAAAAGGUGUCAAGGAAAGGACUCGAGGACGAACACGAUGAUCGACGACGACGACGACACCAUCUGAAAAAAUCUGGAGCUUUCUUUGCCUCGUGCUUGUGAUUGUGCUCGAGCAGCCGCUAAUGGGGACCUAGGCGGGCCUAGGGCAACGACUGAAUCUUGAAUGAGCUGCCACUACUUGCUCAUAAUCCCUACUCUUUCGUAGCUCUCAUUCCAUGUGCAGAAUGGUAUCUUCUGCGACAGCCCUGGCCCUCGCCGUCCUGUGCAAUGCGUUCGUUGCUUUGAUUCGUGCCCUUCCGCUGAAAGUCGAACGGAGUAUCCUCUUCCUUUCGAACAAUAAUCGGAUUUUGGCUCGGUGAAGUUUGGACCUAAUGGCACCGAUAUUUCUCGUCGUGAGAAAGUUUUCGACAGCGGCAAGCCGUCGGGCACAAUUCGGCCAUGACAUGACGUGAGGCGCGUGUCUCUUCAAGAGCGAAGGAGGAGAACUUUUCCAUCCGAUCUCUAUCGAGCUUCGUUGAGCUGGAGGGAGGGGCUGAACCCGAUCCCCAAUCCAAAAAGCAGCAGGCGCAAACGAGUUCCAGCCAAGCCCGGCCUAUGGUAAGAAAUGUGGACCCGUGGUCAAAUCGAUCGACUCUGGAGACAAAAUGCCCGCCCACAAGAGGAAGCCGCAGCAGGACUUUCGCACACGCAGCAAGCCCCAUGAAGAAAGAUGUGAAGAAUGUUCCAAAUCGACGACUUUCUUUGCUACCCAGAACACGAGAAAGAACAGGCUCCGUCGGGAGCUGCAGCCCCCAAGCUCCCAGACCUUCACUUCCCAUGUGCUCUGAGUGCUUAUAGCGGUCUCCCCGGGGGCAGCAAUCUUGCUACAAGAACACAGUCGAAAGGGCUUACCUGAUGCAGGGGCUUCCAAUGAGAUUACUGUUUGUGCAUCUAGUGCCAUGUCCAGAAACGAAAUUGGUGCAAACGCUAGACAUGCCAAAGAUUCUUGGACUGAAGCACAUGAGCAUCUGAUCUAAUCCA